GCAUUGACCAAGUCUCACCCGAUCCUGCUGUCGACAAGUGCCAUUAUCUGUCCAAGAUGUCGUACUACUUCACCAUCAUCGGCACUCGCGACAAUCCGCUGUUCGAGAUCGAAUUUGGCACUUCGAAGGUCGGCGGCGAUGGCAUUGCUCGCUUCCGUGAAGAAGCAAAACACAUGAACCAGUUUAUUGUUCACGCUGCCAUAGAUUUGGUCGAGGAAGCUCAGUGGAGCUCAAAGGACCUAUACCUCAAGAAAGUGGACACAUUUCAAAACAAUCACAUUCACUGCUUCUUGACCGGCGGAAACAUCAAGUUCAUGCUUCUCAUGAAUCCCGACCCAAGCUCAACUCCUUAUUCAAGCUACCAGACUUCCCCACCUUCCAGACCAAACACCGCGAGGCAAAGCACGUUGAUUGCUAGCAACCCUUCCAGCCAGCAGACCGAGGAAGCUGUGAGACAGUUCAUGUCUGAGAUCUAUGAGGCCUGGAUGAAAUGCAUCAUGAAUCCCUUCUACGCUGUGAAUCAGCCUGUCACCAGCCCAGUAUUUCGCAGCAGAGUCCAAGCCGCGGCAAAGAAGUAUCUAUGAUUCUGG